AUGGGUUCAAUCAAUUUGAAACCUGGAAUUUUACGUUUGAUUCAACAGACACCUAGUUUCUCCUCGGCCACCUACAAGAACACCUUUGAAGAGGUGUGGGUGUGUUUCUGGGAUCUUGGCUUUGCAUAUUGGGAGCCCCAAACGCUAUUUGAGAUUGCCAGUGGUAUUGGCAUGCCAGUGAAACUUGACCCAAGGACAGCUAAUCGUUCGAUUGGUCUCUAUGCGAGAAUAUUGAUCGAUGUGGAUCUUUCUAAGCCUCUCAUUGAGAAGCUCCAGAUCAGUAGAGCAAAUGGUGAGAUUGUUUCUGUAGGGGUGGAAUAUGAAACUUGUCCAAACUUCUGUGAGGUUUGUUGCACUGUGGGACAUCCUGCCUCAAAAUGCAGGUCUAGGGUUCUUUCGGACCAGUCACCGGCUCGGGGCAGAAGUGUAACCCGUACAGCUCGUCGUAGGCGACCCAAGAGGAAGUUAGGGAUGAGAAGGGAGAAGUCCAAUGAGACACCAGGUAGCUUGGUUGCCGCCCAACCCCAACAUGCAACACACACUAAUAUUGCUGCUCAGCCAACGUUGCCUAUCCCGGGAAUGGAUACCUCUGUAGCAGUGUCAAUCCAUGCAGAGAAGGCUCCUAUGGUUCAGGAAAGCUCUUCCAAUACCAGUGUUCUGCCGGGUUUUAGCAAGUUGGAUGGUACUCUAAAAGUGGGAACCUGCACAAAUGAACUUGAAACUGCAGAGGAUGUGACUUCUAUUAGAAACCCAGAAGUCGAUGUAAAUGAUGAGAUAAGGUUUCUAUUAGAAAUCCAGAAAUAUUGUUGGAUGCGGCAUUGGAGGAGGGAGAGUUCACGCCUGUAG